ACAUCUGUGUUGAAUCCAGAGUCUCUCCUCCUAAAGCAAACAGCAGCUUCCUUCUCCUGGCUUCAUUUCAGCUUCAUCAUGUCCUCCGUCUGCUCUCUGCUCCUCCAGGUUGUCGUGGUGACGCUGUGCUGCUCGGUGUUUAAAGCUGAGAUCUCCUGCAGGAACGAAGCUGGAGAUCCGGUCGACUGGUUCGUCUUCUACAAGCUGCCCCACCGCCGGGUCCUUGAGGAGGGCAGCGGAGUGGAGUACAUGUACCUGGACUCUGAAUCAGGAAGCUGGCAGAGGAGCCAGUUCCUGAUCAACUCCAGCCGAGGAGCCAUAGCUGAGACGCUGAACCAGGUCUACAAAGGAUACAUGUCCAACAGCUCCGUCUAUGCGUUCUACAAUGAUGGACCUCCGGUUCUGGAUUACAUCAAAGGAUACGGACACAGCAAAGGGGUUCUGCUCUUUGACCACUCUCAAGGCUUCUGGUUGUCACACAGCAUUCCUCACUUCCCCUCGUUCCCUGAGAGAGGCUACAUUUACCCGUCCUCUGGGAAGGUCAACGGUCAGACUGGUCUGUGUGUGACGUACGAUUAUGACCAGUUCCUCCGCAUAGCCCAGCAGCUGGCCUUUGUUUACCCACGAUUCUACAACUGCUCGGUGCCUCCUGCGUUCCUGUCCGACCUGCCACAGCUGGUCCAGAUGUGUGGAGGAAUCAAACCCCCACUGGCCAAAGACAAGAGUAUAAGCCUGCUUUUCUCCAGCCAAGGGGCCAAGUUCAUCAGUUUUGUCAAAUCUGAACGCUUUGUGGACGACAUCUACACCGGCUGGGUGGCUCAGUUUCUGCGAACCGACCUUCUGGUGGAGUCGUGGCAGAGACAGGGUCACGAUCUGCCCUCCAACUGCUCGCUGCCCCAACAAACCAUGAACAUCAAGCGGAUCCAGCUGCCCGACUCGGUCCUGUUCCUGUCCGACUGCGACCACUCCAAGUGGUGCGUGUCGCGGUCCUACGGGGACCAGGUGACCUGUCUGGGGGACCUGAACAGGGAGAGGGCCCAGCUGUGGCGUGGUGGAGGACUGAUCUGCUCCUCUGACUACUGGCUCUACCAGGCCUUCAGGCCGGCGGUGGACUGGUACAUCCGCUGCUGAGCGACAGGAAGACGAAGGGGACCUGGUCAGCCUUAGAUCCAGAUGUUUGGAUCUGUUUUACAUCUGCAGGCCAGUGUGAGAUGUUUUUAUUCUGAUAAAAAGGAGUCAACAAAAGAGCACAGGAAUGUAUUCGGUCUCAGCUUUAUCCCUUCAUCUUAUUGGAGCUUUUCCAAGUUUCUGAGAUUUUUGUGUUUGACAUUUCUCUGCACCUGCAUUCACGAAUAAAUGAAAUAUUGUCCCCCAGAAAUAAACGGUGGGUUAAAAAAGCCAUUUAAAUUAUAAUAAAUAGAGAUCACUGGAAAACAAACAAACAUAAAAACAUGCAAAGACAACGCAACAGUGGAGCAGAACUAAAUGAUCAAGUUGUAUGAAAAGUUCAAAUGUCAAGAAAGUGGAUCUUUUUAAACCUGGGAAGAUCACCAUGGUAACUGAUGCUGCACAGCUAGAUCGCCAUGGUAACUGAUGCUGCACAGCUACAUCACCAUGGUAACUGAUGCUGCACAGCCAGAUCACCAUGGUAACUGAUGCUGCACUGAUGCUCAGUUGAGACCAUUAAUAGAAAUCCAACCGUUCGUCUCUCCUUCACUUUUUGAAACCUUAAUUCACACUUUUAUCUUGUAGUAUCUGAUGUGUUACUUAUCAUAUGGAAUCUGGGAUGUAUGGUCUAUCACAAUGGAAUGCGUUCUCCUUUUAGAAGGGACCCUUAUUAGGGUACCUAUGUCCAAGAUAUUGAAUGACAGGGCUUUUAGGUCUAGGAGAAAGAUUGACGGGGCCCUCUGUUUGCUAUUUUGGUCUUUUAGCUGAAACUAUUUGUUGUGACUGCAUAUUUGACCUCCUUGUCUAGAGCAUAUAAGGGACCUCCAGCUGUGGUUCGGAGAGGUUCGUUUGGCUGAAUUCUCCCAGAUAAUCUCUGUCUGAAUGAUACUGUUCUUCCUUAUAAUAAAUAUAUUAUUGAGUAA